GCAAGGCUUUACUGAGGGGCCAAAGAAUUGAGACUGGGGGCUUUCUUUGCAUAUGAACUUCUCUGCCUGGGGGUGGGGAGUGAGUAGUCACCACUAAGACAAGAAUAACAGAGCAAGAAGAUUUUAUCUGCUUAUGAAAGGACAGAAUAUUGAUGAACCUUCUGAGAAGACAUUGAGAAACUCUCCUCCUUGUUGCUCUUGCAGGAACUGGGGUUCUUGGUCCUGGCGGCUGGUAGGUGCCUUCCCAGAGCUCCAGAGAGGUGGGGAGAGCCAGACAAGUCUUGGUUAAGUUAACCCUGUGGUAGUUAACCCUGUAAUGGAGUGCCUCGGUGUACCAAGUGUGCAUGCAGAGCUGGGCAGGAUUGGAAAUGGCAGUGAAGUUUGUUUUCUCCUCCUUGCAGCUUGGGGCAGAGAUCCUGCAUUUGACACCAUGGACCCUUCAGAUGGCGAGGACUCUCCAGCAAGCAGAACCUUCAUUGAGGAAGCCACUGAGUAUCUGCAGCACACGUCGGGCAGGGACGACCUGAAGCUGCUGCUGACUGAAGAUGGAGCCUGGGAGGCCUUUGUGGCUGAGGCUGAGUUGUCCAGAGCUGACGCAGACACUUUACGUGAUGCCCUCAAUGCGCUCACAGCAAACAUGGCUGAGGAAGACCAGAACAGGCUCCAACAUGACCUGCAGGAUGUGGAGAGGUUCAUAGAUGUGUUUCCCCAGGUGAAACUGGAGCUGGAGAGACACGUCAGGAAGCUUCGCACCCUUGCAGACAAGGUUGACAAGGUUCACAGGGACUGCACCAUUUCCAAGGUGGUAGCUGGCUCUACCAGUACUGUGUCUGGAGUCCUGACCCUCCUUGGCCUCGCUCUGGUACCUGUGACAGCUGGGGUCAGUCUGGUGCUCUUGGCAACAGGGAUGGGUCUGGGAGCAGCAGCGGCUGUGACUAGUGUCUCCACGGGUAUCGUGGACUACACAAGUAAGUCAUCAGCCCAAACAGAAGCCAGCCACCUGGUGUCAACCAGCAUGGUUAAAGUGAAGAUGGCUGCAGAGGCCGUGGUUUAUUCAGGACCCCAAGUCUUUUCCUUAUCUGAGAGUUGCUGCCGAGUCCUACGGUGCAUUGAGCAGAGCGUCUAUGCCAUCAAGCUUACCAAAGCCAACCCUGCCUUAGCAGCUAGUGUCAAGCGCCUCAUGACCGUGGGAAGCAUUUCUGCCCAAAGCGAUAAGCAUGUGAAGAAAGCCUUUAAAGGCACUGCCCUGGCAAUGAGCAGAAGAACCCGGAUCAUGGGCAUAGCCACCGCAGGUGUGUCCCUCAUUGGGGAUGUGAUCAGCCUGGUGAAAGAGUCCAAGAAUUUGUACAAGGGCGCAAAAGCAAAGUCUGCCGAGGAGUUGAGGCAGCAGGCUCGGGAGCUGGAGGAGAAAUUGGAGGUGCUUGUCCAGAUCUAUGACGGUUUGCAGUCAGGCUCAACUCAGUCGUCCUAGAUGACAGUGGUGGUGGUGAUGAGUGGGGGUGAUGACAGAGUGGGCACAAGAGUUGUCAAGGGACCAGGGUGCUCUUGAGGACCAAUGAAAUUCUAUUGACUCUCUCUAGGGUGUGCUGGGAUGGUGAUUGAUUUAGGGCUGGGGAGUGACCCAGAUUGGACUGACAGGUCAAGAGAUUUUGUAGCAUGUCCAGGUCGGCCAGCCUGUGGUCAUGAGACAUACCUUUUCAGAGGCACAGCUUCCUCAGGAGACGGGGGAGGGGGAGAUUGGGGGAGGGUGAUGGACAAGACCACCUCUCUGCUCAUCUUCCUCUGUUACCCUGUGUUCUAUGUAGACUUUAGCUCAAAGAAUAUUAGCCAACUACUCUAGGAAAACGGGGCAUCCCAGACUGAAGGUCCCAAAGUCAUAGGAAAGGAAAACAAGGCAUUAGAGCAGGGUUUAGGAUGUGGGAUUGGAGAGCAUCCACCCUUAUCCUAACCACCUAACAGCUAGAUCCACAGCCCCUUCUGUGAGGCAAUGUACUCGGUCCAGGGGUAGAGCACAGCCUCGUAGGAGGCCCAGAGGUUAUUCUGCUCAUAGAUCAGCACCAGAGGAAUCAGGAGGUUAACACCAGAUUUAUUCCUUCAAAGGAAGGGAUGUACAACCUGUUAUCUGCCCAGAAGGUUGGGAGCAGAUAUGGUUAAUAGUUUGGUGACCCUUUAUGCUAUUCUGUGUCUAAGACCACACCAGAUCCUUCCUCUGGACCUUUAUUGUGAACUUGUCCACCUAUAGAACCCAUCUUUAUGAAAGAGGUCAUGUGUACAGAAAGAGUUUGAUGUAGUCAUGUCGUGAGCUUUAUUGUGCACACAGAUUGAGUUAAUUAUUACCAAGAAAGUGUUGCCCAACUUGUGGUAUGCUUCAAUAUGCCUAAAAUAAACUACCUGGGGCAAGAUCCCAGCAGUUUGAACCAA